UUAUCACAAUUCACACACAAAAUUCGCCGCCGCCGCUGCCGCUGCUGCCUCCAAUCGUGUCUGGAGUUCCAUACUGCUCUACUAAUGGACGAAGAACUAGAUCAUUCGGAGGAGGAACUAGAUCAUUCGGACGAAGAAAUAUGGGAGGAAGCAUAUAUGGAAGCUGCUGAACGUCCUAUUAUGGAGGAAGAGAAAAUAUUUACGGAGGAGGAAGAAAUUGAAAUAGCUCAGAAAAUAUCCAAGGCAGAAACAUAUACAUAUGCUGCUCAAAUUCCUAUGACAGAGCAAGUCAAAACAUUUACGGAAAUAGGUGAGAAAAUAUCCAACGAAAAUACGUAUACAGAUGCUGCUAAAAUUCGUAUGAUAGCGCAAGUGAAAAUAUCUAAGGAGAAGGAGGAAAUAGAAUCAGCUGAGAAAAUAUCCAAGGAAAAUACAUAUACAGAUGCUGCUAAAACCCGUGUGACGGAGGAAGAGAAAAUAUCUACGGAGGAGGAGGAAAUAGAAUCAGGUGAGAAAAUUUCCAACGAAAAUACGUAUACAGAUGCUGCUGAAAUUCGUAUGACAGCGCAAGUGAAAAUAUCUACGGAGGAGGAGGAGGAAACAGAAUCAAGUGAGAAAAUUUCCAAGGAAAAUACAUAUACAGAUGCUGCUAAAAUCCGUGUGACGGAGGAAGCGAAAACAUUCACGGGGGAGGAGGAAAUAGGCGAGAAAACAUUCAAAGAUUUGGGGGUAAACGAUCAAUUAAUAGAAGCAUGUGAAAUUCUCGGUUGGAAAAGCCCUACUAAAAUACAGUGCGAGGCCAUACCCCUUGCUUUACAAGGAAGAGAUGUGAUCGGGCUCGCCCAAACCGGCUCGGGCAAAACCGGCGCCUUCGCGAUUCCGAUCAUCCAAUCGCUUCUCGAAGCUCCGCAGGCGUUUUUUGCCUGCGUGCUGUCACCGACGCGUGAACUCGCCAUUCAGAUAGCCGAGCAGUUCGAAGCCCUGGGUGCCGGAAUUGGCCUCAAAUGUGCUGUGCUUGUGGGAGGUGUGGACCAAGCACGGCAGAGUAUUGCCCUUGGAAAGCGGCCGCACAUUGUUGCGGCUACGCCUGGACGUCUAAUCGAUCAUCUUUCUAACACCAAAGGGUUCUCUCUACGUACACUUAAGUACUUGGUACUUGAUGAAGCAGAUAGAUUGCUCAAUGAAGAUUUUGAGAAAUCGCUCGAUCAAAUAUUGUGUGAGAUUCCUCGCGAAAGGAGGACGUUUUUGUUUUCGGCUACAAUGACCAAUAAGGUGAAAAAACUACAAAGAGCUUGUCUGAAAAAUCCUGUGAAGAUUGAAGCUGCAUCAAAAUAUUCAACUGUUGAUACAUUAAAGCAACAGUAUUGCUUUGUUCCUGCAAAGUACAAGGAAUGCUAUCUUGUAUAUAUCUUGACUGAGUUGACGGGAAGCACAUCCAUGGUUUUUACUCGAACAUGUGAUGCAACUACACUCUUGGCAUAUAUUCUUCGUAAUCUUGGCUUCAAGGCUAUUCCAAUUAAUGGCCACAUGACACAGUCAAAAAGGCUUGGAGCCUUAAAUAAGUUCAAGGCUGGAGAAUGCAACAUUCUUAUCUGCACUGAUGUUGCUAGCAGAGGACUGGAUAUUCCAUCAGUGGAUGUGGUUAUCAACUAUGAUAUCCCCACAAACUCAAAGGAUUACAUACAUCGGGUAGGAAGAACUGCUCGUGCUGGACGGUCAGGGGUUGCGGUAUCAAUUGUGAGUCAAUAUGAGGUGGAAUGGUACUUUCAAAUAGAGAAGCUUAUAGGUAAAAAACUGCCAGAGUACCCUUCCGUGCGGGAAGAGGUUUUGUUACUAUUGGAGCGUGUUGCAGAGGCGAAAAGAAUAUCUCAGAUGAAAAUGAAGGAAGCUGGGGGCAAUAAGCGGAGAAGAGGAGGUGAUGAGGGCGAAGAAGACAUGAGCAAAUACUUGAAUCAAAAUAAAGGAAAAUCACGAGGUAAUAAAGGAAAACCAGCAAAGAAAAGGAGAAGAUGAUAGAAUAAUUUGUUUUAAAAUUGUUAGGGUGUCCACUAUAAGCCGGACACGCCCAAUAGCCCCGCCCCAGUUUUUGUUUAUAGCCCCAAUUUUGUUGUCCAUAGCCCCAAAAUUUUGUGUCAGCCACUAUA